AUGUUGGGCGAAAGCCAUAUGAGGCGGAAACCGCUCGACCCUUCCCCUCAAAUUUACACACACUCGAGAACGCGGACGACAUCGUCCAACGUAUUCCCGGCGCAAGCACAGUCAUCCGCGCCAAUGCAUCUGCAGCAACCCCAGCCUGGCAUGGGCCACACCCGCAGAUCUCCCUCCGUGAAUACCUUCAGCACGGUCUCUACCAACCCGCCACCCGCCGCCUUCCGCACCUCGCCGACGAGUGACCUUCGCCGAAGCACCUCCUCGCGGUCCGGCGGAGGCAGCCAACCCAAUGGCUACGUUGCCCUUUUAAGGAAACAAAAGGCGACAGUUUGGUGCGAUCGGGCCCAAUAUGAGGACCCCCGGAUGUUGGCUCAGCAGCGAGCAGCAAAACAAAGAGCAAACAUGGAGAUGAUCGGCGGGCCUGGUGCGGUACGGACGUCGACCGGAAUCACCAGUGCUGGCAAGGUCGCCGCCAAGAUCCGGCACCACGGCAAGCCCGGCGUGGUCGGCUACACCCCCGAGAACAACUAUAUCGGCGUCGGAGGCGUACCUAUGCGCCUCAGUGCAACCGAAGUCGAGGGCGAAGACAGCGACGAGGACGACGUAACAAUGCAACGCUUGCACCACCGUAGGACGGGGAGCAGCGGCCGCAGCAGUACCGCCAGUGGUCGCCGGGGCAUUCCCUUCAGGACGUCCGGCAGUCUGGCUGGCAAGAAAUGGAGCCCAGGAGGCACACCUGAAAGAGCCGGAAGUCUGUCUGAACAGGCGGAAUACGAGGUCGGCGACGACCGGGAGCUCAACCGGGCACAGAGCACACGCAGUGGAAGCAGCGCGGAGCGAGCCGACGCAUUGCCCGAGCUCACGGUCACCAGCGCUGCCAAGCUUGCUAGCAACAGCCUGCUGAACGCCGCCUUGACGAGAGAGAAGAGCGUAAAGAAUCCCGAAGAGCUCAGGCGGCGUGGCAGUGUCGAUGAGCGCACGACGACACUGACCAGCGGCCGUCUGUUCAUCGCCAACCCCGACUAA